AUGGUGUACCAAGACAAUCUCACCAAAUUCUGCAUUCUCCGUCCUCUUCAAACCAAACGUACUGCAGAGGUUGCCUUCCAACUUGUAGAUAUCUUCCUUCUCAUGGAUGCCCCUGCAGUUCUUCAAAGUGAUAAUGGCUCAGAGUUCACAUCCAGGGUGAUUACUGAGGUAAAAGAAAUAUACCAGGUCUCACCAUGGUUCAUGGGACGCCCACAAAGUCAGGGUUCUGUAGAACGUGCGAACGGUAACAUUAAGGAUAUGUUAGUUACCUGGCUUGCAGACAAUAAUUCACAAGACUGGUCAGUUGGUAUCAAUUUCAGGGGACAGCAACAUUCAGAAAAUGCUGCUCAACAUUCUGGGAUAAAGUGCUCUCCAUACUCUGCUACGUUUGGUUGUGAAGCCAGAGUUGGCCUGACUUUUUCACCUCUACCCACAGAAGUUGUGUCAAGGUUGGAGCGUGAGGAUGAUCGCAUAGCAGUUAUGUCAGGAGAUGAUAAAACAACAACAGGUUCUGCUGCAAGUUCUACAGGUCCAGUGACCACUAGCGAAGCGACUACAAGUGACAAUGACAAUGAUUUAUUGACCACUGAAAAACGUAGAGUGGAAGCAUACAGAGGUCAGGUAACCCAAGCUGAGAGAAUGGUCAAACGUAGUCGCUUAGACUUUAAAGUUGGUGAGCCUGGUGACAAUAUUGCUGUCCCAAUUCUAGCUGUGGAUCGUGGUAGAGGAGAUCCGCGGAAUAUCCUGGGUGUUAUUGUCAGCAUAGAUUUGGACUAUGACCAGUAUAAUAUCUCUGUGAAGUCGGGUGUUCUAAAGGGUCAGAAUUCUAAAAACCAGUUUGAUCUUUACCCCCAGCAUUUGGCAAAAUAUGACGUAAAUCAGGAUACUGCAGUGUCACUACGGGAAGCUGUCAUUGCACAAUCUGCAUGUGCUGGUCAGGGAUUCACUAGAUGCAACUGUAGUGGUCAAAGAAAUGUUCAACUACCAAAUGUAAGAGAUUUAAAGCUAAAGCAAAAUGUAACUCUCGGUGCCAUGGAAGUGUCAACUGUGCUAAUAAAUGCUGAUUGUUGA